AUGUAUGCUAGAGUCCUCGUGGAAUUGGACAUAAGAAAAGGCCUAUUAGAUGAGGUGUUCUUCACAAAUGAAUAUGAUGAACUGGUUAAACAAGCUGUACAAUAUGACUGGAAACCCCUGUGGUGCCACCAAUGUCAACAACUUGGCCAUCAAUCUGGUGCUUACAAGCAAAAGAAAACCUUGAACCCAAUUCAUAAGAAACCACCAAGAAGAGAUUGGGUAAAGAAAGGAAGUCAAAAAGAUCACUCCAAAGCACAAAACAGUCACCAUGACACUAGUGAAACCCAUGAAACCAUGGCAAUACAACCUCUAGAAGGAAAUAUCCAAGCGGAGAAUCUAGGCACCAUGAUCACUAUAACCAAGGGUGAACCACAUGAGGAAACGAAUCCAAUAGUAGAAUUCAUGACAAGAUCCUUCCUAUCAAAGCGCUGGGGGCUUACCCCAUCCCGGAUCAUGAAUAACAUCCUCACUUGGAACGUUAGGGGGUUAAAUAAAGCCAAUAAGCAAGCUGAAGUGGCCCGUUUUAUCGCUAACCACAACAUAAGCCUAUUUAGCCUCCUGGAGACGAAAGUAAAGCGGCAAGGAAUCGGUGCCCUUUACCAAAGAAUCUGUCCAUCUUGGUGUAUCACGCACAACCUAGCUCUUCACAAGGGAGGUAGGAUUUCAGUAGCUUGGAGAGCCGAGGAAAUGAAUGUAGACAUACGGUUUGUUAGCAGCCAAAUCAUCCACUUGAGUGUCAACCCUAAUGGGGGUGAUAGCUUUGAUUGCUCCUUUGUUUAUGGUGCAACUGACAAGAACGAGAAGGGUAUCAUGCUUACUGAGCUUGCGAACAUAGGCACAACAGUGACAGGGCCUUGGUUAGUCAUGGGAGAUUUCAGCUGCAUAGUCAAUCUUAAUGAGAGGACAGGAGAUGCCAGAGUUCUAAGAAAGAUUGAUGGAGUGUUGGGAAACCCAGCUUGGGAGUGCUCAUUCCCCACAACAGAGGUAUGCUUCCUUUCAGAGGGAGACUUCGACCACACACCAAUACUAGUUCAAUUCCUAGAACCCGCUAAACGUGCAAAACCUUUUAAAUUCCUCAACCACUGGGGAAAACACAGUGAGUUCAUGGAAGCCAUCCGAGCAGCAUGGCACACUAACUUGCUAGGGAGCUCAACCCAAUUUGAUCAAAAACUCAGAUUGAUUAAAGAGGCAUGUAAAGCAACCUUUAAAAACACAGAAGUAAGGGACUUGGCCAAAGCUGAAGCUGAUAUGCAAAAAGUCCAAGAGGACCUCCACCUACACCCUGGGGGCAAACACCUCGCCGAUGUCGAAUGCUCGAAAAUAGAGGCUUAUAGGAGAUUAAAGCGAGAAUGGGAAGCAGGCCUCAGACAGAAAGCUAAAUUGAAGUGGCUCACUUUGGGUGAUGACAACACCAGAUACUUCCACCAUUCUCUUCAGCAUCGCAGGAAGUGCAGUAUAAUAAAUGUUCUUCACUUUCAAGAUCGUACCACUAGCGAUCCAAGGGAAAUUCAGGCGGCCUUUCAGAAGUACUACCUAGAUCUCCUUGGAGGUAAAAUGGAGAGAGCGAAAAUUAACAUGAAUGUGAUACAUAGUGGCCCUGUUCUUAACCAAGACCAACGGAAUCUGCUCGAUUUGAACUUUACCCCAAAAGAGAUUAAAGAUGCCAUGUGGAGCAUUCCUGAAGACAAAGCACCAAGUUUGGACGGUUUCAACAGUGGUUUUUACAAGGUUGCAUGGGAUAUUGUUGGUACAGAAUUUUUUUCCAAUGGUACUCUCCUGAAAUCAUGGAAUAUAACAGCUAUAACCCUCAUUCCAAAGGUUUCCACCCCAAACACCCCAGGUGACUAUCGUUCAAUCUCUUAUUGCAACGUUAUCUAUAAGUGUAUCUCUAAGCUCAUCUGCAGGAAACUCCGACAUGUACUGGCCUCCAUUGUAAGCCCCAAGCAAGGAGUAUUUAUUGAAGGGAAAAGCACUCUCCACAACAUCCUCCUUUGUCAGGAUAUAGUCAAGCAUUAUGGUUGGAAGAACUGCUCCCCAAGCUGCCUCUUAAAGAUCGACCUCAGGAAAGCCUACAAUACACUAGAUUGGGACUUUCUUCAUGAAAUGUUGACUGCACUCAAUUUCCCGAGGAAGUUCACAGAGAGAGUCAUGGCGUGUGUAACGUCUACUCAGUAUUCCUUGGUUAUCAAUGGCAGCCCCCAACCUACAUUCCAAGCAAAAAGAGGAGUUAGACAAGGAGACCCAGUAUCCCCCUUACUUUUUGUAAUUGGCAUGGAAUACCUAUCGAGAACCCUCACUUUGGCCCGCAAAGAACCAGAGUUUAAAUUUCACCCUAGAUGCAGCAAAAUCAAACUCAAUCACUUAGCUUUUGCAGAUGACCUUAUGUUGUUCUGUAAGGGUGACCUCCAAUCCAUCAGCAUCCUGAUCAAGACAGUUGAUUACUUCUCCUCUUGCUCCGGCCUCAAAGCAAACAACUCCAAAUCAGGAGUCAACAACGAGUUCAGAGCUCAGGUUGAGCAAACCAUAGACUACAAUUUUGAGAGCCUUCCAGUUAAGUAUCUUGGGAUGCCUCUCACCUCAAAAAGUUGGGUCGUCAAGAAGCUAUGUAAGGUCAAGGAGAAGCUUUCGAGAUGGAUGAACGAACCUACAUACUUUAUCACAAAAGUCUACAACGACAUCAGGGGAGGAGGUAACAGAGUUGGGUGGAACCACUUUGUUUGGAAUAGGUUAACCAUACCCAGAAGCAGGUUCAUAGCCUGGUUAGCUUUCAACAACCGAAUGAAAACAAAACAUCGCUUAAAGCUUGCUAGAGUUGUCGAUACUGACACAUGCUCGAUCUGCGAAUUGGAAAGUGAAAUAGCGAACCAUAUCUUCUUCCAGUGCCGCUUUAGCCAGGAAUGUGUAGCUUAUCUAAAGGAGCGGUAUGAGACCAACAACAAAAUACAAAACUUGGAGGAUACCCUCAAGAGAGACCAUAUGGGACGCCACAAAAGAAAACAGUUUGAGGCCAUUCUCUGCAACCUUAUCUAUGCAAUAUGGAGCGUAAGAAAUGAAGCCGUGUGGAGCCACAAAGUACCAAUGGUGAAACUGGUGGUGGACGAUAUAAUAGACACCUCGGAGACCAAAUUCAAGAUUCAUCUUCAACUCUUAAUUUUGGAGCUUACCUCCAUGAUAGCUGCUGAUUUGGGCCUUGACCAAUAUAUCUUAGGCUAA